AUUAACGGCUUGCCCAAGUUCCCAUGGGCUGGCUGCGUAACAGAGGGACUCGAACGCGUGCUAUUAGCACGCAGUCCCGCUUUCAGGUCUCCAGGGAUCGUUCUCACCUCUGCCCUUCUCCUUGCAGGUGGUUCCUGCACCUGCGCCGGCUCCUGCAAAUGCAAAGACUGCAAAUGCACGUCCUGCAAGAAGAGCUGCUGCUCCUGCUGUCCCGUAGGCUGUGCCAAGUGCGCCCAGGGCUGCGUCUGCAAAGGGGCAUCGGAUAAGUGCACCUGCUGUGCUUGAUGUGGGAGAGCCCUGCUCCCAGAUGUAAAUAGAGCGACAUGGACAAGCCUGGAUUUUUUUUUUUUUUCUAGUACAAAACUGACCUGUUUGCUACAUUCUUUUUUCUAUGAAAUAUGUGAAUAACAAUAAAAGUUGUUGACUUGAUUCUCA